UUCCUGUAGCUGUCAGUUAAGUUGCUCCGUGUAAACCGUGGUUUUAGCGGUGUGGCAUUUGUUGGUUUUAGUUAGAAGUUAAUGUAUUGUAGUUUAGAAUAUUAAUUUUUGGAGUAGCUGGUUUUGGAAUAGUGAAAGUAAGAUGUCUAGUGAAUCUGUGAAGACCUUUGCGAGUCUGGAGACGCCAGGUUAUGUUGGAUUUGCAAAUUUACCUAUUCAAGUACAUCGGAAAUCUGUAAAGAAAGGCUUCGAAUUCACACUAAUGGUUGUCGGAGAAUCAGGAUUGGGGAAAUCAACUCUAGUAAAUAGCCUUUUCCUAACUGAUCUGUAUCCAGAACGUGUUGUUCCAGAUGCUGUAGAGAAGACACAUCAAACCGUGAAGUUGGAUGCCUCGACGGUAGAGAUAGAGGAGCGGGGUGUGAAACUAAGACUGACAGUAGUGGACACUCCAGGAUAUGGAGACUCUAUUGACAAUACUGACAGUUUCCGGGCAAUAAUUCAGUACAUAGAUGACCAGUUUGAAAGAUUUUUGAGGGAUGAAAGUGGUUUGAACAGAAGAAAUAUUGUUGAUAACAGAAUUCAUUGCUGUUUUUACUUCAUCUCCCCUUUCGGACAUGGCUUGAAGCCCCUUGACGUUGAGUUCAUGAAGCAGUUGCACAACAAAGUGAACAUUGUCCCAGUUAUAGCAAAAGCAGAUGUCCUAACUAAGAAGGAGGUUUUGAGGCUGAAGAAAAGAGUGAUGGAGGAGAUUGAGAGUAAUGGCAUUAAGAUCUAUCCACUCCCAGAUUGUGACAGUGACGAAGAUGAAGAUUACAAGGAACAGGUAAGACAACUGAAGGAAGCUGUCCCGUUUGCAGUCUGUGGAGCGAACACGUUGUUGGAAGUACGUGGACGAAAAGUUCGAGGACGACUGUACCCCUGGGGUGUUGUUGAAGUUGAAAAUCCUGACCACUGUGACUUCAUCAAGCUGCGCACAAUGCUUAUCACACACAUGCAGGACCUGCAAGAGGUGACACAGGAGGUUCAUUAUGAAAACUACCGCUCCGAGCGACUGGCCAAAGGUGCUCCUGUACCUAAGAGGCAGACAGUGUUGGGUACGGAGGAGAAGGGGACGGUGGAGAAGGACCGCAUCCUUCAAGAGAAGGAAGCAGAGCUGCGCAGGAUGCAGGAGAUGUUGGCUCAAAUGCAGGCCCAGAUGCAGCAGCAACAGCCGUAGCACAGCUGCAAGCCUUAAGGACAUGCCAAGACAAGUUCCUUUGUGAGGUCAAUAUAUUUUUAUGAGUCUGGUGCUCAAGAGUCUCCUGGAAUGAUCGUCACAGUUUUAUAUUAUGCAGAUAUACUGCUGCGUAUAUUAUGAUGUUUCAAAUACUCUGAUUUGACAGAUAUUUGUGAAACUUGUAUUUCUUUUUUUGUCCGCUAUAUUGAACACAUUCAGACACAUGGCUGGAAAUUUAUCAGGCUACCUUUUCAGCCUGACUACAUUUGCAUAUCCGGUUUGUCUCCCUUUGGAAAAGGGAAUACAGUCGCUAACUCUGUUUUACAUAUCUCCUUUUCAUUGUACUUGGCAAUUAUAUAAUUACAAAAGGCUGAUGUUUUUUUCUUGUCUUGUAGAAUUUUUUGUUAAGGCAUGUAAACUUAGGAAUGUCAGUAUUUUAUUGCCUUUCCUUUUCUUUCUUUCCAUAUGGCCUGAUUAGUACCUGAAUAUUGUGAGAACCAUCUACCAGUUAUUGCAUGAACUACAAGAACACAAAAGUUUCCAGCCAUUUGUUUGAUUGUUUUAACAAUUUCAAGUAUAGUUUCUACUUUGUAUUUGUUUAUAAUGCCGCAUCAGCUGGUAAGGAGGAGUCAGUACUUAUGAAUUGUGUCAGUACACACCUUAUUGUUUUAAAAAUAUGUAAAAAACUUAAUACUGUGUGUGAGGUAAGAGAGGAAGGGUUCCAGCAUGCACCACAUGGAUAAUUUUGUGCUAGCAUUGUUUGUGCAUAUUGAAAAUAGUUCUUCCAUUUGAUGACUUUAAAAGAACCUAGUAAUGGUAAUACAAUAUGCUCUCACCUACACUAAUGGAGGGGAGAGAGAAUACAAACAACAAUCAUCAAUGAUCAUCUCUUCAACCAAAGCAGGGCUGUGCCAUAGCUUGGGUGUUUAGAUGCUGGUUUCCAAUCACAGAGUCCUAGGUUUGAUCUCAAGUCAGAUGUGCAACUUGUGUAAAAAAUGGCACUAUGGCGGUUUUCUGUGACUGCCAAUUUUCAUUCCACCAACUGGCCCAUAUUCAUUAGUCAUUGUGUCAUCCCAUGCUGGCAAUGUCAUUAAAUAACCAACUUAAAAAUAAAUCCUGUGUUCACAGAAUGUUCUCUUUUGUGUGGGAGGAGGUUUUGAUAAACCACUUAUUUGUCAUAAAAAAUUUGGAAAAACUAACUGUAAGUCUCAUUAGGGCCUACAAUUUUGACACUUUUUAUGUCUAAUAAAUUAUAAGGAAGAAAUAAUUUAUGAUUAUGAUUCCUAUUGCUUAUUGUCAUUGGGAACAAUAGUCUUUAUCAGCAAUAGAUAAACAUGGCCAGUGGGGGAUU